UCAGACAUGAGUUUACUUCUGAGAGCAGCCUCAUGAAGAAAAGGAUACUCCACGUGUGAACAAUAGUUUUAAGAAGUCUUGAGGUUGUGAGAAAAAUGCCAAAAGAAUAUGUGGAUGAGUACGAGCCUUUGCUCGUCAGGGGCAUUAAAGACGAAAGGCGUUUCAAGCUUCCAAACAAAUCGCUGCUAUUGGCUGUGUUUGCUGCUUGUGUUGGAGGAACGUUUCAGUAUGGCUACAAUAUCUCUGUCAUCAACGCACCCACAAAGUAUGUACAAAACUUCAUCAACCAGACCUGGAUGCAGCGCUAUCAAACCAACAUAUCACAGGGUGGACUCACGCUGCUCUGGUCCACCAUUGUUUCCAUGUUCACCUUAGGAGGGCUCAUAGGCACAUCAGUGGGCGGGACUCUGUCUGUGAAACUGGGGAGGAGAGGGACGCUGCUGGCCAAUAACGCCUUUUCACUGACAGCUGCUCUGUUGAUGGGUCUGAGCUCCACUGCAGGGUCAUUUGAGCUGCUCAUCAUUGGACGGCUCCUCAGUGGAAUGAAUGCAGGCAUUGCCCUGUGUGUUCAGCCUCUUUACUUGGGGGAAAUAGCUCCGACCGCAUUACGUGGGGCCAUGGGAAUGGGAACUUCAGUCUUCAUCACUGGUGGAAUCUUAACAGGACAAGUUAUGGGCCUCAAAGAAAUUCUCGGUAAAGAAGAGUACUGGCCCAUUUUGCUCUCCACCACAUGCAUCCCUGCAUUCCUGCAGCUCCUUACUCUGCCCUGGUUCCCAGAGAGCCCGCGUUACCUGCUUAUUGACAAAGGAGAUGAGGAGAGUUGUAAAAAAGCCUUGAGGCAGCUGCAUGGCUUAGCUGACUCUGGUGAUGCUUUGGAGGAUAUCGAGAAGGAGAAGAAUAAUUUGGUGGGUUUCCAGGCCAAGAAGCCCUGGGAACUCUUCUCUGAUCGUAGUUUACGGUGGCAACUUCUCACCAUCAUCCUCCUGAACAUUGCUCAGCAGCUGAAUGGCAUUAAUGCUAUUUACUUCUAUGCUGAUUAUGUGUUCGGACAAUCUGGUAUUCCUAUGGAUAAAAUACCAUAUGCAACUGUCGGCACUGGUGCCUGUGAGUGCAUCACAGCUUUAACGUGUGGUAUGCUUAUUGAAUAUCUGGGAAGGAAAGUCCUCAUCAUGGGGGGUUAUGUACUCAUGAGUAUCUGCUGUGUUUUUUUCACACUGACGCUCACUUUCCAGGAUUUCAGCCCAGUUUUUCCGUACCUGAGCAUGGCGUGUGUUUUUGCCUUCAUCUUGAGUUUUGGCUUGGGACCAGGUGGUGUGACUAACAUCCUAACCACAGAGUUGUUCACACAAAAUACUCGGCCUGCUGCCUUCAUGAUUGCAGGAUCAGUGAACUGGCUCAGCUUCUUCUUAAUCAGCAUGGUCUUUCCCUUCAUUGUGAUUGGGCUACAGCAGUACUGUUUCCUGGUCUUCUUGGCAGUUUGCUCCUUGGUGGUCACCUACAUAUUCUUUGUUGUUCCUGAAACAAAGAACAAAACCUUUGUGGAAAUUCAGAAUGAGUUCCAGUCAUUGAAGACGAACAAGUUUUGCAGUUCAGAUGGAGCUGGAACUAUACUCCUAUCAACGUCCAUCUAAAAUGUUUCUCAGACAAACUUUCUCUGUCACACACAACACUGAUAAACACACAUGCAUGAUAUUGCAGACUGUAAUAAAUAUCUACAAAAUGAAAUUAAGAUGACCUUGUUACACAUCCCUGUAUUAUACAUGAUGGUUUGUACUACCUCUAUAAAGGGUGCUUUACUUAAAAUUUUAAAUAAA